CGGACACUUGUUCUCGCAGACAUAAUAACGCCUCAACAGUUUGCGAGCCUAGAAACUGCUUACCUUGCUAGCCGGUUGGAGACUGGAACCGAGGAUGUCGCUCCACGGCAAGCGAAAAGAAAUCUACAAAUACGAGGCGCCAUGGACGGUCUAUGCAAUGAACUGGAGCGUCCGUCCAGACAAACGGUUUCGUCUGGCGCUGGGCAGCUUUGUGGAGGAGUACAACAACAAGGUCCAGUUGGUUGGUCUGGAAGAAGAGAGUUCAGAGUUCAUCUGCAGGAAUACAUUUGACCACCCGUACCCCACCACCAAAAUAAUGUGGAUUCCAGAUACCAAAGGAGUCUACCCAGAUCUGCUUGCCACAAGUGGGGACUACCUUCGCAUCUGGAGAGUCAACGAUACAGAAACACGUCUAGAAUGCUUGCUGAAUAACAACAAGAACUCAGACUUCUGUGCUCCGCUUACCUCCUUUGAUUGGAAUGAAGUGGAUCCCAAUCUACUGGGGACUUCCAGCAUUGACACAACCUGUACCAUCUGGGGGCUGGAGACUGGUCAGGUUUUGGGACGGGUCAACCUGGUGUCUGGACAUGUCAAGACCCAACUCAUUGCCCAUGAUAAAGAGGUGUAUGACAUAGCCUUCAGCCGUGCAGGUGGUGGUCGGGAUAUGUUUGCCUCUGUUGGAGCCGAUGGUUCUGUGCGCAUGUUUGACCUCCGGCACCUGGAGCACAGCACCAUCAUCUAUGAAGACCCCCAGCACCACCCGCUUCUCCGUCUCUGCUGGAACAAACAGGACCCUAACUACCUGGCCACAAUGGCCAUGGAUGGCAUGGAGGUGGUGAUCCUGGAUGUACGUGUGCCAUGUACACCAGUGGCACGGCUCAACAACCAUCGCGCCUGUGUCAAUGGUAUUGCCUGGGCCCCCCACUCCUCCUGUCACAUCUGCACAGCAGCGGAUGACCAUCAGGCCCUAAUCUGGGACAUCCAGCAGAUGCCGCGGGCCAUCGAGGACCCUAUCCUGGCCUACACCGCAGAGGGCGAGAUCAACAACGUCCAGUGGGCAUCCACGCAGCCUGAUUGGAUUGCCAUCUGCUACAACAACUGCCUAGAGAUCCUGCGUGUCUAGGAGAAGAGUUGGAGUGUUGCAUUUAUCUAGACUUGGGAUUCAAUUUUUCAAGUGUGAGGUCUUGUAGUCCUCAACCCACUGCUUUCAAG